AUGUUACGUAAAAGUCAUUUGCGAAGUAAAAUUCAACAUCGUGUACCAGAAUUCGAAGUAAUUAGUAAUGAUGAAACAACGAAUAUCGGAAGGAUUUAUCCGUUCUCAACUGAUCUCGAACGGUCGGAAUACGGACAAGCCGUCGCAGUGAAAAUUCCACAUGAUAUGAAAGUAGAAACCAAAGCAACGCUAUUGAUGGCAGCACUUAUCCUUAAGCCACGGUUGGUCUAA